GGCGCGGUCUGGUCUUGAGGACGCUGUGGACUUGGUAUCUUGGAUGUCACCUUUUGGAAGGUUGACAAGCUGUCCGAAUGGGUAUUCCGGGGCUCAUCCAUGCGAUUGGCGCUGGAGAACGCAUUUCCCUGUCUAAAUUGGCCAUAACGCACCUGCAACGCACACAUCGCCCGAUUCGUGUCGCUGUUGAUAUUUCGAUAUGGCUCUUUCAAGUGCAGGCCGGUCGAGGCGGCAGAAACCCGGAACUCCGCACGCUGUUCUACAGGCUGUUGAAAAUCUUGGCGCUCCCAAUCCACCCUCUCUUUGUGUAUGAUGGGAAAAAUAAACCGCCUUUCAAGAGAGGCAAGGCUGUAUCGGGUCGCAGUUAUGGAAGUGCACCAAUCAUUCGACUUUCGAAGAUUCUGGUGGACUUGUUCAGGUUUCCUCGUCAUGAAGCGCCGGGAGAAGCUGAAGCUGAAUGCGCAAAGUUGCAAAGAACUGGAGUUGUUGAUGCGGUCAUGAGCAAUGACGUCGAUGCGUUGAUGUUUGGAUCAACAUUUACCAUUAUGAACUUCUCAAAGGAAAGUGGUAGUGGUACCGCAGCGGCGACACAUGUCACUUGUUACAGCAUGGAUGGCUCAGGAGAGCCAUCCAGGGUGAUGCUUGAUCGUGCAGGCAUGAUCUUGUUUGCCAUGCUGAGUGGAGGUGACUACUUGCCGUCGGGAGUUCCCAAAUGUGGUAGCAAGCUGGCAGGAGAAAUUGCAAAAGCUGGUUUCGGUGCCGAUCUUCUUGAAAUACUUGACUCGGAGGGCGAUGAGCUCGAUACAAAAUUGGGCGAAUGGAGAGAAAGGCUCCAGUAUGAGCUGGAAGAAAACGAAAGCGGCUAUUUCCAGACCAAACAUAAAGUUGUCCGAGUCCCAGAGACAUUCCCUGACAGAACGCUUUUGUCAUAUUACGCCAAGCCUGUGGUAUCAAAGACGAGGGACAUAGAAGCUCUUCAAGAGCGUCUAGUGGAUGCCUGGGACAAGGAAAUUGAUGUCGUGGAACUCAGGAGAUUUACCGCCGAUUCUUUUGAAUGGAAUUAUCGCUCUGGGGCAAGGAAAGUGACAAGGUUGCUCGCAGAACCGCUCAUCUCUUACCGACUCCGCCUUGGACGACAAGCAUCAGCCUUCCCUCAGAAUUCCCCUAGGCUAUCCAACAGCAACGUGCCAAUGCUGCAAAAAGUCUACAAGAGUCGAUCAAGCUAUAGUACUGAUGGCAUGACAGAAAUUCAGGUUGACAUGAUACCUGUUGACGUCGUUGGUUUUGACAUACUUUCCGAUGAACCGAACCCUCCACUUCCUUCCCAAGAAUCAACGGUAUCAGGAGAUGAGGAAGAAGAGGAACCAGAGAACAAUGCAGAACCCGUCCUUCAGUCUCCAACCAAGAAGCGUGUCACCAAGCGGUAUGAUCCUUAUGCUUCGGAGAAGUUGUGGGUCUUCGAAACCCUGGCCACGAUAGGGAUUCCAGAAGUUGUGGCAAAUUGGAAAAAGGAGCAGGCUGAGAAGGCAGCGCCGAAGAAGCCAACUGCUCGGAAGACAGGCCCCAGGAAGAAGGGACCAAUCGACCCGGGCAUGAAGCGGGGUAGCAUAUUGAAGUAUGGCACUCUUACAAAGGAGCGCUCUGAAAUCUCUGGCCAAAAGAGCGCACAGCUCCUCGAGGCCGCAAUCUCUGCAAAGUCACCUGCGGAGCCUAGCUUGUCGAAUUACAUAUCCAUCGACUGACCAGUGCAAUGAUCCUACAGCUUUUGAUGACUUGAUUGACCAAUUUUCGUCAUUAAGUCAUGAAGCACCUAGCGGAAAUACUAAACCGCAGCCUAAAUUCGAACGUCACCGUGUCACAGGCGGAUGCGGGCCGUCCUCCACAGAUGAGGUUGAUAACGAGGUAUCGGGGUUCUCUGGAGCAGAUGGUUUAUCCGAUCUAUUGCCUUCUUCUAGUUCGAGGAAAACUAGAACAAGUUCGAAACAGAAUAGCCAAAGGCCAGCUACAAAUAGUACGAAGC